GUUUUGGGUUUAUGUUUUUUUGGCGAAAUUUACUCGGAUAUCACUUACUCGGAGACCACUUACUCCGAGUUUCAAACGAGGGGGGAAAUUUCCCCCCUUCCCCCCCUAAUCGAAAACUCUGACAACUGGUACUUAUCUAAAGAUCUGCUAAUGAUGUCGAAAACAAAAAAAAAAACGUUAUUCAAUAAUAAUAAUCUGAAAUAUAGAGAAAAAACAUCAUUAGAUUAAAAAAACAAAAUGCAGGUUCUUAGUAAAGUGAUCACUACACACUUGACAAUAACAGAAACCUCAAUAGCGAUCUUGCGGUUGAUCUCGAAACGUAAUAAAAGACGCGUAAUAAAUGACGCGAAGAGAUAACGGACAACUUAAGAUGCAAAUAAGCUUUCUAAAAGAAAUAGCGGACGUUUUAUAAUAUUAAAAUAAGAACUCAAUAGCAAGAAACUCUCUUUUAAACAGGCCUGCUCUGCUGUUUUAUUGGUAACACUCGUCAUUCUUUCGACGGUUUUCAAAAACACUGGCAUCAAAACUCUCGACGUCAAAAAGAACCUGCACCCUCGCAAUCACUUCUAAACUAUAAUUUCGAAUGAAUGUAUAUUGUGUGCUCCUUCUUUUGUCUUGUAGUUCUUACAAAAUAAACAAGAGUCAGCAGAGAGUCAGUCAGAAUCCAGACUCACGACACAGUAGGGUACAACUAGAUAACGCCUCGUCUACACUACAAAAGAUAAUGGAGCAUUAAGCAGUUCUAUUGGCUGAAAGUUAAGGGAGAAGUUAAGUGAUGUCGAAAACAUCACUUAAAGUUAAGGCACCAAUAGUAACUCACGCUUGAAAACCAAUGAAAAACUUGCUCAAGCCUUUGACAACGGUGACAACGUAAAAUAGAUUUAAAAUCUGUGUUGGGAAGUGCCCUUUAAUCAAUUCCUAAUAGAAAAACGAGUUCAUUGUUCGUAAUCUUUAGGCAGUUGAAUUCCAUUAAUUUUUCUCUAUCGUUGCGCGGCAGCUGAACAGCAUGUAAUAAGAUUAUGAUAGAAUCUGCUUUGUUCUGUUUUGGGCUUUGUUUCACAGAACAAAGAGCAGUCUGGCACAUAUAGUUUGAUUUCAAUUGUUUAAGGAAACAGUAUAAUCUAAUAUAACGCUAUAGAAAACCAGUAUAAUUUAACAUAACUCUAUAAGAAACAAAAUAAAAUGAAUUUAGGAAAAAGUUAAUUUCUCAGUAACCAGCGCUUUUAAGUCUUCGAUGCUGUGUGUUCCACUUUUUAGGAGAAGAUAAAGGUUUCGGUGAUCAAACAAGAGCAAAUGUUGGUGCUCUGACAACAAAACUACAAACAACAAAUGGGCCGCUGAAAGUAAUACGUCUCGUUCAACCAUCAUCGCAGUCAAUGUUUUUAGUGCCACCGAGAAGAAUAAAACACAGUCCUAAAAACCGGACCGAUGAAGAAACAUUGUGCUUAAUAUCAACGUGGGAAGAAUAUUACAAUCGUUUAAUGUUUGAUAAAACAAAAAGAAAUAAUCCAGUGUAUCUGGAUAUGAUAAAUUCUUUAAAAGAUUUGAUUCCGGGACGAUCGUUAUCGGUUGAUGAUAUCAAACACAAAAUAACAAAUUUAGUUUCUGAAUACAGAAAAAAUAACAGUAGCAGGGAAUUACUGGGACCAGCCCCUUAUAAAAUUAUUUGGUCGUCCACACAAACCAGUAGUGCCAUCACACAAUCAACAUCUCCAAUAAUGAUUGAACGACCAGCAGCGAGCCUGAAAGAAGCAACAACAACAGGAAAAAAUCGUUCAAAUUUGAAAAAGAAAAAGCCCGUUGACAUUAGACUAAACAUGAUGAAAGAAAUGAUGGAAAAAAUGGAUGCGGCCAACGAAGUUGUCAAUAAAUCAGAUGUUAAAGUGAUUGAAAUUCUUGAAGAACAAACAGUAUUACAAGAACAUGCUCUACAAAAUGAAAAUGAAUUUUUGAACAUUUUCCGAAGUAUUGCAGCAAAUUUGAGAAAUAAUGAUAAAUAA